UGCAGGGUAUCGUCGCAAUGGACAUGGCGACGAGUCUGGUGUCGGCGUGCCUCAUGUUUUCCGUGCUCGGCAACCUGGCCUACGUCACGGGACAGUCGGCGGAGACGUACGUGCACGGCGGAUCGACCAAGAUGUUCUUUAUGCUCAUCAGCGAGUACAUCGGGGAGGCCAACUACCCGCAACUGUUUGCCUCCCUGUUCACCAUUACCCUGCUGCAGCUGGGUUUGUGUCAAGCGGUGGCCGGCUUGUGGACUCUGGUGACCUGCUUGACGGACGAGUUCACGACUCUGCGGCCGCUGACGGGCUCCCUCAUAGCGGCCUUCUGCAUGGUGGGCUGUGUGGCCAGCCUGCCGUACGCCACGCCGUACGGAUACCUGAUCGCCCUGCUCGUCAACCGGUUCGCUGUACAGAUUCCUGUGCUGCUGGUGGCCUGCAUGGAGACGCUGUCGUUCGUCUGGGGCUACGGCGUGGACCGGCUGCUGUUCGACGUGCACUUCAUGGAGCAGGGCACUCUGAGCCGCUACUGGAUUCGCUGCUGGAGCCUGUGGACGCCGUGCGCCUUGCUGGCCGUACUGGUGGCCACGUUCGUCACCCUCCAGGACUACGUGGACGACCUGGCGAGCAGCUACAACGUCCAGGCCAAGUUGGCGUGCCAGUUCCUGCUAGUGGGCAUGCUAGCCGGUGUCCCGGUCCUUACGAUAGAGUGGCUCAUGGAGAAUAAUCUGGACGUGAACCUGUCCCUGCUUCCGUGCGCACACUGGGGUCCCCGGGAGGCAAUCUACUUCCGAGCGUACCACGAGGCCAUCAAGCACUCGGACCUGCCGGCUCAGAAGAAGGUCCACAAGACGGAUCGCAAGGAGACGGUGGCCGAGCGGUUCACGCUCUACCUGGUGCAUCACAGCCCCAAGUACAUGGGACGUUUCAUCAAGCGCGUGACGAACGUUCCCGGGAAGGUCGUCCCCACGCGUCGGAUGAGGGAUCCCUUCCCGUGCGAGUAGCCACUGCUCCUUGGAGCGGCUUUUAUUUUAGUUUUCUUUGAAAUAAAGUAUCGCCUA